UUGAGAAACGAGAAGGUGACAGUAAAUGAGGGGGACAGAGAGCUGACAAUUAGGGGUCCCGGGACGGCGGCGAAAGUUGUAGAAGGAAACUUCUGCAACAGGUGGACUACUUGCUGCCAAGAGGAGCGGCCCAAGGGGAGCCGAGCAGCAGACGAGACCAAAACUUAAGUGAGUUGGCGAAGCGGCUUGGCGGUAGCGGCGGGCUUACUUUUUCUCCCUUAAGAGAUUUCAGCGGUUUCCUGACCUUCACGGCAGGGAAGCCAUAUUGAAGAGAGAUUUGAAGGAAAGAUAACAUCCCAUAUGUACCUCCCCAAUCCUUGAGGACAUCAAAAGAGGCCCUAUUAUAGGUGCCCCUUCCAACUUAAAUUGGGCUUUAGGUAUCCCUAACAAACUUUGACACAUCCCAAAUAUCAGCCAUGGCAUCUCGCAUUGGUUUACGGAUGCAGCUUAUGCGAGAACAAGUACAACAGGAGGAACAACGGGAGCGCAUGCAGCAGCAGACAAUGAUGCAUUACAUGCAGCAGCAGCAACAAAUGCCAAUGGCUCCUACCCCAGCCAUCAACACACCAGUUCAUUUCCAAUCACCACCAUCUGUGCCAGGAGAAGUCUUAAAGGUUCAGUCCUUCUUAGAGAAUCCUACCACAUAUCAUAUCCAAAGGUCACGAGACAAGAAGGUCCAAGAAUAUCUGUCUGAAACUUACGGGAACAAGUUUGCACCGCUACUUGGUGCUCCUUCUCCCAAGCCGCCUCCUUCAGCCUCCCCUGGGGUGAGACCAUGCCAUGCCAUGCCCUCUUCUGCAGGCAACAGCACUCCAAACAGUCCAAUGGCAAUGCUUAAUAUCAGCUCCAAUCCAGAGAGAGAGAUAGAUGAUGUCAUUGAAGAUAUCAUGCCUGACAACUACUGUGGGUGUCUUAAUCCAGAAAUUCAUAUGCCCAAUACUCUGCCUCUGUCCAGCAGCCAUAUGAAUGUCUAUAACAGUGACCUCCAGAUGACUCCUUCUGUGGUGGGCAUUACCAGCAGCUCUUGCCCUGCUGAUCUCACUCAAAAGAGAGAGCUUACAGAUGCUGAGAGCCGUGCUUUGGCUAAGGAACGCCAGAAGAAGGACAAUCAUAAUCUAAUUGAAAGAAGACGAAGAUUCAACAUUAAUGAUCGUAUAAAGGAAUUAGGGAUGCUGAUUCCAAAAGCUAGUGAUCUAGAUGUGCGCUGGAACAAAGGGACAAUCCUGAAAGCCUCUGUUGAUUAUAUCAGAAGGAUGCAGAAAGAUUUGCAGAGAUCACGAGAUCUUGAGAAUCAUUCUCGGCGUCUGGAAAUGGCUAACAAGCAGCUUUGGCUUCGUAUACAGGAACUGGAGAUGCAAGCUCGAGUCCAUGGGUUACCAACCGCUUCACCUUCUGGCACGAACAUGGCUGAACUAGCUCAGCAUAUGGUGAAGCAAGAAACUUCUGGAGAGGAGGGGACAGCAGAGCUCUUACAGCAACCACAACUGCAAGCUGAACAGGAAGCUCAGCACCUGCCUCACUUUGCUCCUCCUCCUCCUCCUCCUCCUCCUCAAUCUCCUUAUCAUCAGCUGGACUUUACCCACAGCCUGAGCUUUGACGACAGUUGUAGAGGUUUCCAUGACCCGCUGGACCCUAGCCAAAAUGUCUCUUUCCCCUCCUUGUCCAAGAAGGAAUUAGACUUGAUGCUAAUGGAGGAUACUAUGCUUCCUGUGGCUUCUGACCCCCUGUUUUCCACUGUGUCCCCAGAGGCUUCAAAGGCCAGCAGUCGGAGAAGCAGCUUCAGCAUGGAAGACACUGAUAUGCUGUGAACAGAAGCCCUCCAAGGAGAUUAGGAAUUCAAUAUUGUUUAUUUGUGAAGUGAAAAUUCUUCAUUUGACUUAUAUGUUUAGAAUUCCUCAAAGACUUAUGAGGCUAAUAAGAAAUGGAUCCUGAAUCAGAGACGGUUUGUGUUCUGGUGGGAAUGGGAGAACCCUUAGCACAAAGGUUUGUCCAUAAUUCUUGAAAUGUUAAUCCCUCACGUUUUCCUCUGCCUUCAUUAGCCAAAAGUGAACACAAUCUGUCCUCAUCUUCUGUGACUGAACGAUGGAUAUGGUCAGUCUGAUUCCUGCAGACAUUUCCUGUGCCCUGUGCUCUUCUACUCCAGUCCCACAAAGCCAGUUAGAAUAUUUUCCCAACAAUAUGAUUAUGAACCACCCUGGACAUCCAGGUAGUGCUGUGCCCUUUUGACAAGCAUCUUAAUCAAGAUUUGCAUUCAAAUGUACAAUAAAUAACCUAAGGUCAACUGUGUCUAUUCCCACCUUUUGAUCUAUUAUCAACAGGCCAGUGGGAAUGUCUUCUUUGGGUGUGCUUUCAUACUGGAGUUCUUUUUUGUAUUGAACAGGAACACUCAAUAUGCUCUUUAAUAGGGUGGGGGAUGUCACUAGUUAACUCUGAGUAAUGAUGGAUGGUGAUUUUUAAUCCUUUGAGAAAGGAAGGGACUGUAAUAACAUUCACAGAACCUUUUUAAUGUUUUCAGUUUCAAUUAAGGCUGGGAUACAACAGCCUUAAUUAAUGACUAGCACUUUGUUAGACCUUGAUAGUUUUACCUAAAAUUCGGCUUGGGCCUCUCCACUGCUUUUUCUGAAUCUUUUUGGUUAUCAAUCCUUGACAGCUUAAUGGCCAUACAGGAAUAGAAAUGUAUGAGCAUCUGGAGGCAUUUGAACAGCUUUUACUGCCACCAGUCAUCCAAGAGACUGGGCAAAUUGUUUUGCUAAUUUGAACUAGAUUUUACUUCUCUUUUUGUUGGUUUUUGCUUUUCAGUGGAAGGCGUGGGUGGUCUGAUAGGUUGGUAGUAUUUUUGUGUUUGAGAAGUAUCAAGUGAUAUUAUUUGAUUUAUAUUAAGCUUGUUAGUCUAUUCUGUUCCAUACAAGCUUCCAGCUUGUAUGAUUUAAAGUCCUAUUACUUUGUUUCUAAAUUUAGGGCUGUGGAGAAACAUAGGUAUACUUUAAGUCUAAAGUCCACUUAAUAUGAUUAUUGAAAGAAUUAAAGUAGAGCAGUCAUAGCUCAGUAGUAAAACAUAAAGGAUGCAUGCAUAAGAACCCAGGUUACCACUGUUUCCAAAUAAAUUUCUCUUGUAACAGAUAGUAGGACUGGAGAUCCAGUAUAAAUCAAAGCAGGUGGGAUCUAGACCACAUCCACACCGCUGCUUUGCCCUUUCAUUUGUAGCAAUACAUGCUGAAAUACAUCAGUUUGUUCUAAAGGCUGUGAUUAAUGGCUCUGAUAUUCCAGCCCUGACCAUUUUCAUCAAUGAGAAACAUCCUCCACUUGGCAUGCAUGAUAUUCUGAUUACUCCAUAUGCUGAUUCCCCCCCCCUUUUUCAUCACACUCUUGACUGAAUGAACAUUUCUGUAUUUCUUGCAAUUAUGGAUGGAUGGUUCAACUAUCAACCACUAGAUGACAAUAGUAAGAAUUUUUGUACGCUUGGCUAAUAUCGAAUGAUUGCCCAGAGCACGCAACUACUGGGUCUGUGCUGUUGAAACCUUAAAGUUUGAGAAAGGUAUUUUGUUGUAGGAAUUGGUAUAGGAGCUGCAUAUUAUCCAACUAACAGUAUGUUAGAAACCAGGUCUCCUAAGACCAAACGUCACUGGAAACAGAAUGUCGUGUGUAUCAUGUAUCUUAUAUAAAUUGCACAUAGUAUCCAGAAGCAGAAUAGAAUGGAAAACAUCAUCUUCCGAAUGGAGUAGCUAAAAUCAUCUUCAUGUUGCUUCACCUUCAGGUGAACAGUGAAACCCAGAUAGUGACAUAUGGUGUGUUCUAUAGGACACAGGAAUGGCUUUAGGUUAAGGCAAAGUAGGUACUAGCCAAGGAUGCCAAAGCUUAGGAGUCACCAAUAUUACCCCUCCUUCCUAGUUACCUUGAAAAUGCAAAUCUUUGUGUUAAUAGCAGGAGAUACCAUCCAUCAAUGCAAUCUUGGGCUCCUAUAUAGCCUUGAGCUAGCACUGUUGGAAUGAUUAGUGAUUAGUAGAGGCCAUAAGGAAUGUAGAGGUGUUGAAGGGAAGGAGGGAGGAAGAACUGCUACAAAAAGGGAUUUGAGCUCGGGCCAAGAAAAUAACUUGAGAAAGUAUCUCAGACAAGACCCUCAUUAGUUCACCUGAAGAUAAAGUGAGGGAGAGGAAACACAUUCAGACUUGCAAGAUUCAGCUAUAAAAGGUCUGGCUGGCAAUAAAAAUAAUCCUGACCUAUAUUUCUUUGGUUUUGUAGACUGGUGUCCCUUAUUGGGCUAAUGCUAUCCUUGCACCCAAACAAGAUACUAUAUAGAUUUAUUCCUAGAAAACUCCUAGUCUAACAAUCUCAGUGUAUUCUGUCUCCUAGAAUGUGGUAUUUGUAGCUUUUUAGUAUACUUUUUUUUAGUCAAAAAUUUCUCACUGACUUUUUUUUUUGGUCAUUAUUGCAACUGUUGCAAUUCUUUUGUUUCUUAAUAGUGAGGAUGUGUUGAUCUGCAUUUAAGAGAAAUAAAGAGAGUGGAUAAUUUGAUUCAAGAUGGAACAGUAUGCUAGGAAAACCAAGUUUUUUUUUAAAAAAAGAAAAAGACUUUUUUAUUAUCACACAGCCAGAUAUAUCCACUGGAUUUGGCAUUUUUAUCCAACUAUUCAGUUUAUUAUUAUUUUAUUCUCUGGAAUUUGUACACUCCAGGCUCUGUAUCUCCAACAUGUGCAUUCUCAUCUAAAUAUAUAUCUCUAGUCUUUUAGGGAUGGAUGGAGAGCUAGAUAGUUACCUUAGUACAUAAGUGCUAAAAUUAUAUAGCCUCCAAAGAAAUGAAAACAUUAUAGUAUAGCUUGAAGGGCUGUACAGGACUACUACUUCACCUUCUAUUAAGGAAGACUUUAGAAGGAAUUCAGAGGUUGGACUAGUAAUGAUGUUAGUCAUAUAUGAAGAUACUUCAUGUGGCACCAAAUCCAAUUUAAUUUUAGAUUGUUUUGCAACAUGAUAUUGGUGGCACAACUGGAAGUUCAUUAUUGUAUAAGGAAAUAUCAGAAUCAGAAAGCAGAGUUGGAAGGGACCGUUGAGAUUUUCUAGCCCAACCCACUGUUUAAGCAGGAGACUCUAUACCAUUCCAGUCUCUUCUUGAAAACUUCCAGUGAUAGAGUAUUAUAUUUAUAUAUGUAUUUUAUCAUUCAUGGAAUCAUUAAAAGGAUAACUAGAUGGCAUUCUAGACUUUCAGUACCAGGAUCUCUAUGUUCCAUUGUGUGCUCACAGAAUCAGGUAUUUAAAAGUAUAUCUCAUAGAAAUUCUGCUGUACAUUUAUAUGAAAUGCCCAUGGAAGGAUUAUGGUCAUUCUAUAAAUUCACUGUAGAUCCUCUGAGAGGCUGUGUUUGUGUGUAAUCUUGAGCUAGAGAGGAAAUAGACAAACAGUGCCAUUUUUAUAACAAUGUGUAAGCUUAUGUACAGUGUAGGACAUCCUUGGAGCCUUGUACCCACUGCCUAUGAAAGUAAAUUAAUUUACGCAGUAUAACAGAAGUUUAGAAUUAGUGUUAUGUAAUAACCUAAUGCCUAUUUCAGUCACUUCAUUCAUCAUAAACAACACUGAAUGUGUGAAUUUGUAGUGGAAUAUUUUUUCAAACAAGGAAUGUACUAAAAGAUAUAUUGUUGUACUUCUAAUUCAUAUCAAACAGUAUUUUAAAAAACUGAAUAAGAAAAAUGAAUAACUCAUUGAAAGUCGUUUGGGAUUUCUGCAAAUAUUCCAUUUUACUAUUUCAUGAUGCAUUGGGUCAUCCUUUGAGAGCUACUUGCUUACCUAAGCAGAGAAACCAUAUGACCAGUAUGGGCAGAAAAGCAGAGGAAACAGGAGAGAUUUCCAACUUCCUGCCAGUUUCUCUACUGCUGUUGUGGGAAAGCUGGAAAUUACUCUUUCUCCUCCAUGGCUGACCCUCAGAAUUGCCGGCCACUUUGCUGGGAGUGGGGGAUAACAAAAGGAGUUGCAGACCAUGAGGAAACCUGCACCUCUGAUUCCCAUCCCAGCACAUCCCCAAGGGACCCCUCCCUCCAGGGAGGAAGAGGGCUCUCCUGUUGAUUGCCAGUGCCUCCCAGUCAGCCCUACCUUGCCAAUAGCAUCCAAAUCAAUCCCUCCUCUUUUCUUUGCUGCCAACUCCUAUUAAGACAUUUCAAAGUUUAGCCUGGGUUCCAAAGCAGCCAAUUGCCACUUGCCUGUUGGCCCUUGCCACCAGCUAAUUGGGUGCAGAGAUUAGAGGGAAGUGGGAAAGAAGGUGGGGAUCCAGCCUUCUCAUCUUCCCUUGUGCCAUACAAUUUACAAGUUUCUGCCAAGUGGGGUCAGAAGGAUAGUGUCACUGAAGCAGCCACAAGUUCCCCAAAUUUCAUUCCAACAGUAGUCAUGAGUCCUGGCAUUCUGUAAGUUAACCCAUUUGAAUUGCCUUGGUUCAAUAAUUGUGGUCCUAUAUCUCCCAAUUUUGCCCUAUUGGAAGUUACAUACAAACAGACACAAGAGCUUUAGUAGGGCAUAGAUGUUAUGAGGUGCUUCUGCAGAUACAUUAUGUAAUUAUGUAGACAUGUAUUGUGCAGUGUGUGUAUCACUGAUUUCCAAGAUUGGUUGCUCAGAAAGCCUUAAAGCACUUGUUUUCCUCAGGAUUAAAAACUGUUUGUAACUCCUCCUUAAAAGUCAUAAAAGUGAUAUAAUUUGUGAAACAAAACACCGAAAACUGGGUGAAAGAUUUGUAUGUUCUCUUUCAAUAGCAGUAGGCUAGCAUCCACCAUAAGGAUAUACUUUGAGUAUAUAAUGUUGUUGUGUUAGAAAUCACAAGGGUUUAAUAUAAACGGAUGACAUGCAUAUUGUGUGUAGAUCCUAACUGGAGCAGAGAGAAUAUUUUUUCAAUUUGAGAACUGCGAGGGGGAAAUCCUUAUAUGAGAAUUAAUCAUACUUUUUGUUGUUAAAAAAAAUUCUUUAAGAAAAGGAAAAGAAAAAUGCACUGUGCUCUGAUUCUGAAAUGUUACUACUGUUUUAUAAAUAAAUGUUCAAAGUAAUGGACUGGAACAGAGGGGAAACAAUCAUUAAAUUUAUUUAUUUAAUA